AGUUCUUUCUUUCUGUCAGCCUGAUUGGCUGCUGCUGGUGUCUGAUGUCACAGGCUCAUGUUAUAAGUGCUCUGACGAAUAGGCAGAGAGCCAUAAGCGAUGCCAGAGCGCUUCCUUUGACUUUGCAAGUGGGCAAGAUAGAUAGAUAGAGAGAGAGAGAGAGAGAGAGAGAGAGAGAGAGAGAACCCAGCAAGCUAAAUGAAAUGAGAGUCUGAACACUUAUGGGAACUCUUUUAGAUUAUCGCUUUCCUUUUCAUAAGGAUUACACCUGAAUCAGAAAGAGCAGCACUCACAGAGAUCAUGGAAAGUACGGAAGCAGGGGUGGAAUUAAACGAUUCCGCCGAGCUGAACGGCUCUUCUGCAGACGCGGUCGCCCCCGGAUUCAGCAGCGCCGAGGCGGCCCUUCUGGGCCUGCUGAUGGCGCUGUUGGUGCUGGGCAUCGUCUUCGGUAACGUGCUGGUGAUAACGGCCAUCGCCAAGUUCCAGCGGCUGCAGACGGUCACCAACUACUUCAUCGCGUCGCUGGCCUGCGCCGAUUUGCUCAUGGGCUUGGUGGUGGUUCCCUUUGGCGCCUGCUACAUCAUCCUCAACACGUGGCAUUUCGGCAGCUUCUGGUGCGAGUUCUGGACGGCCGUGGACGUGCUAUGCGUGACGGCGAGCAUCGAGACGCUGUGCGUGAUCGCGCUGGACCGCUACUUGGCCAUCACCUCGCCGUUCCGCUAUCAGAUGCUGCUGACCAAGUGCAAGGCCCGCGUGGUGGUGCUGACUGUGUGGUUGGUGGCCGGCCUCAUAUCCUUCCUGCCCAUCCACAUGAAGUGGUGGAUCUCCGAUGAACCGGAAUCCCUCCGCUGCAUGAACAACAGCCACUGCUGCGAGUUCAACACCAACGCCGCCUACGCCAUCGCCUCCUCCAUCGUCUCCUUCUACAUCCCCCUGGUGGUCAUGGUCUUCGUCUACAGCCGCGUCUUCCAGGAGGCCAAGAAGCAGCUGUGGAAAAUCGAGAGGUGCGAGGGUCGCUUUCUCAGUCACGGCAGCAGCCUGGCUAAGGAGAGUCACGGCAUUGAAGCCAGGAAUGGAAAAAGGACCAAAUUUUGCCUGAGGGAGCACAAGGCCCUGAAGACCUUAGGGAUGAUCAUGGGGAUCUUCACCCUGUGCUGGCUCCCCUUCUUCGUCCUCAACGUGGUGACGGCCAUCUGGAAGAUCGAGAACAUCAAGCUGACCUUCAGGAUACUAAACUGGAUAGGCUACGCUAACUCCGCCUUCAACCCGCUCAUCUACUGCCGGAGCCCCGAUUUCAGGUUUGCGUUUCAGGAAAUCCUGUGUCUGAAGAGGGUGUCCUUCACCAAACAGGGAAGUUCCAACGGAUACAUAUGUGGGGGGACCAGCUGGCUCAGUGAACUGCAAUCCAGGAACAGGUGCGACUCGGGCGCCAGGAAUGUGGACGCAGGGAACCUGGAAAAGGUGCCCUACCAGCACAGCCCCAUGGGAAGCAGGCGCAGCUCCACGGUCAUCCACUGCUUCCGCUGCCAGGAGGUCUGCAGGGGUGAGGUGGUCCGCGUCCAAAACGCCCAUUUCCACGUCAAGUGCUUCACCUGCCACGUCUGCAGCUGCGACCUGGCCCGCUCCGGGUUCUUCCAGAAGAACGGCGAGUACAUCUGCACGGUGGACUACCAGCGCCUCUACGGCACCAAGUGCGACAGCUGCGGGGACUUCAUCACGGGCGAGGUGGUGUCUGCGCUCGGACGCGCCUACCAUCCCGCCUGCUUCGUCUGCAGCGCUUGCAGGAAACCCUUUCCCGUCGGGGACCGGGUCACCUUUAACGGGAAGCUGUGCAUUUGUCAGCAGUGUUCCCAGAUCCUCAUCAACGAGCCCGUUAAGAUCCACGGCCCGAGCUAUUGCGCCGGCUGUAAGGAGGAGAUCAAACAGGGACAGUCGCUACUAGCCUUGGAGAAGCAGUGGCACGUCAGCUGCUUCAAGUGCCAGUCCUGCGGGGUCGUGCUCACUGGGGAGUACAUCAGCAAGGACGGCAUUCCGUACUGCGAGGCGGACUACCACGCGCAGUUUGGAAUCAAGUGCAGCGGCUGCAGCAGAUAUAUCAGCGGAAGAGUGCUCGAGGCCGGAGGGAAGCACUACCACCCCAGUUGUGCGCGAUGUGCCCGAUGCCAGAUGAUGUUCACGGAAGGAGAGGAGAUGUACCUCAGAGGUUCGGAGGUGUGGCAUCCACUGUGCAAACAGGCUGCCAACGCGGAGAAGAAGCUGAAGCAGAGACGCGCCUCCGACGUCUCCAUCUCACCGCCGGGCUCCAGCAUCAGCUCGCCGAGCCGGGCCAUCUGUGCCAAACUGGAAAAUGAGAUCUUUAAGUACAAAGACUAUGAUGCUCUGUCUAAGGUUAAGCCCCUGUAUGAUGGUCGGAGGCCCAGCCUCACGUCCUGCGAGCCCUUUCACAGAUACGCCUCCAACGACAGGCUGGAGCGUUACAGCUAUGGGGAGUCUCUGGGGAUGCUGUCUCCAUACUCUCAGGAAAUUUAUGACAGUAUGGACCUGCGACAUCGGCGAUCCUCCACCCCUGGGUACAUUGACUCCCCCAUGUAUAGUCGCCAGGGGGUGUCCCCCACACUUCCCCGCUCUCCUCAAAACUGUUACCGCAUGGGUAAUGAGAGCGGAAGGAGUUCUCCUUAUUAUGGCCACAUCGACGCCAGGACCCGCACUCCGACUACGUACCAGGCGCCCAGGCAUUUCCACGUGCCAGCCACUGGGGAGACCAACAUCUACAGGAACCCUCCUAUCUAUAAGAGACAUGCCUCCAGGUCCCAGGCCGGCGAGGAUGCCCUCCAACCCUCCGAAUUCCCCUCACCUUACUACCCUGACCUCUACAAUCCCCCCGAACCCAGUUACUACUUUGCAGAAUCUCCCAAAGCUCCUCGCGCCCGGAGAUUUUCGUCUGGAGGGGAGGACGAGAGCUGGAGUCACAGCCUGAACAGGAUCCAGGGUGGAAUUGGCAGGAUGAUCCUGAAGGAGGAGAUGAAAGCCAGAACAAGUUCCUAUGACAACGACCCCUGGAACAAUGCGCGCAGUUCCCGGAGUAGCAGCAAGGAGACGCUACACAGUAUGGGCUACAACUACACCAUGAAUGGCUCUCCACGCUCACGCUACAGCAUGGACAGCGGCUCCUACGUCUCAAAGUCGGCGUCGUUGCCAGGAUAUGGCCGGAACGGGCUGCACAGGCCUCACAGUGCGGAUUUCUUCGAGCACAGCAGCGGCGACACAGAGAACUGGGGAUUCCGAGAUUACAGGAUUUAUCCCUACAAUGCCCUGGUAGUGACCGCUAGGGGGCAGAACAGACUGCCAAAUGAUGUAGACAGGGCAAGGUUAGAGCGUCAUUUGUCUCCUGAGGAAUUUUACCAAGUGUUUGGCAUGACGGUGGUGGAGUUCGAGCAGCUCGCGCUGUGGAAGCGGAACGAGCUGAAGAAGCAUGCGAGACUGUUUUAGCACAGACGGAAAGUAGCUCAGAGAAAUGAGAGCAGGCCUGGACUCACGGCUCCGCAAAACAUCCCGACGUAGCCGCACAGGACAAACGAAGAAAGAGAAAGCGGGCCCGCGAUGGAGGUGCCGUCCCCCUUCCAUCGGAUCGACUGCCACCCGUUUCUCUUUUUCUCAAACUCCUAUCCAGUCUUCUACUCUUCGACCGCUGCAGUGACGUUUGACUAGUUUUAUGCAGAAACUGGAUUUGCCUUAUUUUAGGACAGUGAAGGACAUACCAGCAAAAGGUGAAUGUUUAUGUUAUAUGAGCCAUAUCAAAAUGUUGGAGCUGAUGAUUCCUCCUAACGAAGUACAUACAUUUAUGAACGAUAUCAUUUUCUCAUUUGUUGGGAAAAAAAGACAACAAUGUCUUAAUUAAUAUAGAGAGUGCUAGAAACAUAUUUUAUCAUUGGAAUAAUAAAUUUGUGCUUUAAACAUGUACUUCCCUCAGUAAAAAUGUUUUGAUUUCUGUAACAAUCAAGAUGAAAAGUGCAUCAUGGGAAAUUUAUUUUCGAAGCGUCACUUGGUGAAUGUGAGUGUGUCAACCAUUGUUUAUAUUUUGUUAUUUUUCAGUAUUAUUCUUUUAAUUUUUAAAUGAAGUGAAUGUAUGUUGAACUGUCUGAAACUAUUGGGGACAUAAUCAUUUCUUCUGGCAUAUUAACACUGCUCAGUAUCACUUAUGCCUGGAUUUUAUUGAUCUUUUCAUGCUUUUCAACACAAAGAAUGGAAAAGAAGCUUCAUUUAAUAUAUACUAAUUUAUUUAAGCUUUCUUAUAAAUUAAUCUGAAUUUUUAUUCACCAGUUACUCCGUCAUCAUGCCCACAAAUUGCAAUAAUGAGACUCAUCACACCUAAUAACUCUAAUAAAACGUUAUGCACCUAAGAUUUAAACAUUUUUUAUAAAUUGAUUUAUUUACAUUUUUUGCAUGCUCACUUUUUUCUUUUUCAUUUACAUUUUUCCUACGUCAUGAAAUGAAAAAAAAGUAUAUAAUUACAUUUUCGUGCAAGAAAACUGAGAAAAACGAAAUGCUUUUCUGAAUGCCUUUAUUGGGUGAUUUUAUGGUGUUGAAUAAACUCAGAGGUAAUUAAGCUUUUGUGUAUAAGAACAUCUUUAGCUAUAUUCUUAGCUAACACUAAAUAUAAUUCAGCAAACGUUAUACUGCUUUAUAGCAAACGUGUUUGUUGACAUGCUUAGGUCCUGAAUAAUUACUCUAUGAUUGGCUGGAGACAAUGGACUCACUGAUUUAUUUAUUUAUUUUGCAUUUUAUCUGCAUUGAGCUUUAGUUCUUACCAUUGUUACAGAGAGCUUUUUAAAAGCAAGCAGGGGUCCGAGGGGGGGCCCUUUUCUACUCUUCCAAAAUCGUCACUUUCUUCCAUUUACGUUUUUGUAUCUGACUGCAGAAAUCUGACUCUUCUUAACACGUCAGAAAUAUUAGUCACACGCUUAUGUGUCAUUUCCAAUAAAAAUUUGGCUUUUCAUGCCUAA